UAGUUGCCCUUUACAACUAGUACACGUAAAUAUGCACGUUCGCAUAGAAACGAUCGCUUUUCAAAAAUCGAGUUCCUGGCCUUUGCUCUGGUCGAAUUGUUACUAUAACCCACAGAUAAAACACCCAAUUUAUCUAUGCUAUAUAAGAGAUUACUUUGUGACGGAGGUAAACAGCGUCAUCUGCGACUAUAGUGCUUUCACAACCCGUUACCUAUAGUAGAAACGAGUAGAUUACUGGUUUAGUAAAUUUUAUUGAUGUGUGGACAUAAAUCAGUGACUUUUUAGUUAUCCGUUAAGGGAAGUUGACAGAAGUCUCGUCAUGAACAAUCCUGAAUUAUACGAUACCGCUGGGAAGGUCUUAGACGCUCAAACGGAAUCUAUUGUUAAAAAUUACAUACUUCAGUUGCUUAGAAAUGGAGAUCAAAAGGUUGUCUUAGAUGUAGGCUCUGGGCCAGGUUGCUUCAGUUUCAAUUACCUUUACAAACCGCUAAGUGCCGAAAUAAAAGAAAUGAUUGGUAUAGAUCAGUCUGAGAAUAUGGUGACCUACGCCAAUAAACACUAUGGAAAUGAUAAACUCAAGUUUGUGAAAUUGAACAUUGAAACCGAUUGUAUACCCGAACAACUUUUGGGACGAUUUGAUUAUGUAUUCUCGUUUUGGGCACUGCAUUUUCUUCACGAUUACACACGUGGGUUUAAUAAUAUAUUUAAAAUGAUGAAACCAGGUGGAUACGCGUUGAUGGUCUUUCCGGGGAGUGGUCAGCUGUAUGAUAUCUACAAAACGGUAUGGACAAAGCCCAAGUGGAGCAAGUUGAUUGGCGAAGAUAAGCUGAUGAAUAUGCCAUUUCAUAAUUGCGAAAACCCAGAAAAUAAAUUGCGUGAUAUUUCGAGUCCCCUUGGCUUCGAAUCACUACGUUGCGAAAUACAGGAUCUAAGCAUUUACCUUACCUUGGAAACGGCUAAAGAUUAUUUCGCUUCGAUUAUUCCGGUGUUUAGUGACGUUCCAAAACACUUGCAAGAAGAGUUAAUUAACGACCACAUAAAAGAGUGGGCACCACGUGACAUUUCUUUAAAUGAAGAUGUGAUGUAUGGUCUCGAUUAUAAGCUCAUGGUAAUAAAUGCUAGGAAAUAGCAAA